CGGCGCGCCCGCGGCCCGUCGCCAGUACGAGCUUGCCCGAGCACACGACACGACCCGCGCACCAAUACACAUACCGCGCAACACGACUCAACGACCAACUCGGCAACACCAACACGAUUCACCACCAACAGUACACCAGUGCGUUAGUGAUGCAAGUGUUAGCCACACUCCUGAUGGCGACUGUCCUCGGUGUCGUACGAGGAGUGAUCCGGACGCCCUUAGAGGCGUUCAGGCCUUCGGGUGAAAUACAUCUAAAAAGGCCGGACAAACUGCCUCUUCUGCCGCACAGGAGAACCGCGAUGCAAGCGAAAAGCGGACUCAAGAUAUUAUAUCAGAUUGGGAUGUCAGAGGAGGAUCUGCCGGAGUGCCGAGCGCGGCAGGUGUGCAGUAAGGCCGACCUGUACGACGCCGCACAGCCGUGGAUUGAGAGGAAAUGUCGGUGUUUAGGACACAAGCCUUGUUCCAGUGAGCUGUCAGCAGAUGAUAACCAUACAUUAUCGGACAAAACGACACUAUACAAGACGUGUGAGCCAAUCAAGAGAUUGCCAAAAUGCAGAUAUUUCAAAGACGCUGCCUGGACGAUAUACUCUUUCCCUGACACCAACGCAACGCAGCAGAUCGUCAAUUGUCACUGCCCGAAAGCCUCUAUGACGUAUUUGCUCAAGAAACUCUCUUACACGACAGCUAGCGGAGAACUUGGAAAUCAAUAUCAAUUCGCGUGCUCGCCGCUAAGCAGAUUGCGGUGUUCGAGGAAAGAGCCUUGCAAGUUGUUCAGUGUACGUCGGCGACACGAGCAGAUCGACGAGGUGAACGCCAGUACGAUCUGCCAGUGCCCCCGCGAGCACACGUGCCCCCGCCACCACACGGAACCAGGCGUGCUCCCUGGGGUCACGUACGCCGCCGAGGACAUCCGUACCUACCACGGGUACUGCUUACCUGAGCCCACACUAGAUACCUAUAGGUUCGUAGGUGAUAAGGACUGAAUUUACAAUUACGCAUUUAUAAACAAUAACAAUAUUAUCCUACGAGGUACUUAAAUCGUGCAUUCGUUUUUAAAAAUUACACAAGCAUCCGAUAUCCCAAAGACAAAGUAACAUUUGAAUAAGGAAAAAGCUUAUGAAAAUGUUGAAAUUAGCAAUGUUUGGUACGGCACAUCUUGGCAUGUAUUUAGUCCCUCACAUUUUGACAAUUCUACAAGUGAUAUCGCUAAUCGAAUUGACUUUGACAUCGAAUUGAAUUUCGAUUAUAACUACCGCAAGUAGAAUCGAUAGGAUGUGUUAAAAAUGUAUGGAAAUAACAUGACUUUUCGACAGUUAUUGUCAGUUUUAUACAUUUGAUUUUUAAAUCAUAAUCAAGUCACUUUGUCUGAGGGGGUAGGGUAUUGUUAUAAUU